UCCUAUUUGAUUUGACACCAUGUUGUGGGGACUUUUAAGGGAUUCAACUCUUGGAACUAUCCUCCGCCUCGUCAUAUUCCGGCGCGAGGACACUCUAGAUCCGGAACUGUACCAGAGAUAUAUGGUUAAGGGUACGCCGGCUUACAGUGAUACUGGCGAGGUGAGAGUGGCUGAACAGGCCAGAGAUGAUGCAGCAAUUGACACGAGUACGGAUGCCGAGGUGGAACAGGAAGUCGGUCAACAGCAGGAUAGAUCCGAAAGAUCUCGCGUCAGUUCAACCACAAGAGUUGGUAGUGCCGAGGGGCAUGGGAAAGAGACGAGCAAUGCAGAUCCAGAAAAAGGAGGAGACAGUGCCAUUGCAACAUGGUAUUCGGAUACAGAUCCAGAAAAUCCACGAAACUGGCCUUUCGGAAGAAAAAUCUUCGUGACUGGAUUGAUCUGCUUCUUGACGUUUUCUGUAUAUAUUGGAUCCGCUAUCUACUCUGCUGGGACACUAGGUGUCAUGGAGCACUUUGGAGUCUCCCAGGUUGCAGCAACUUUGGGCCUGACGCUCUUCGUGGCCGGCUAUGGCAUCGGACCUAUGCUCUGGGCUCCUAUGUCCGAGAUCCCCUAUUUGGGAAGAAAUGUCGUCUACAUAGGGACACUAUUCGUCUUCGUCUUUUUCCAAUUCGCGGUGGUAUACGCCAGAAAUUUUGGAAUGCUUCUCGCUUUCCGAUUCCUUACCGGCUUUUUUGGGAGUCCGGUGCUUGCUACCGGCGGGGCUUCACUGGCUGAUAUGUUCUCACCCGCACCAAGAGCAGGGGCCAUCGCGAUAUGGGGUUUGGCUGCAAUAUGUGGACCGGUUCUGGGCCCGUUGAUUGGCGGCUUCGCAGCCAUGAAUAAGGGCUGGCAAUGGCCAAUCUGGGAACUGCUCUGGCUUUCUGGCUUCGCAUUGAUCGUGAUGAUAAUUCUUCUCCCGGAGACAAGCUCCGCGAAUAUUCUCUGGAGACGCAGUCGCCGCCUCCGCAAGCUCACGGGAAGGAAAGACCUCAAGUCUCAGGGUGAGAUUAUGGCCGAGCAGAUGACGGCAAAAGAAGCUGUUUUGGAUAUCGUGGUUAGACCAUUUAGCCUUCUCUUCUUGGAACCAAUUCUUCUUCUCCUAAAUCUUUAUUUAGCGCUUAUCUAUGGCCUGCUCUACGUCUGGUUCGAGUCUUUUGUCAUCGUUUUUGAAGGCAUUUACGGCUUCAAUCUCGGGGAGGAGGGCUUGUCUUUCCUUGGAAUCUUAAUUGGUGGCUUCGUCGUCAUUCCUCCUUUCUUCUUAUAUCUAUGGAAGGUCCAGGAGCCUCAGUUCAACGAGAAUGGCGAACUCAAACCCGAAAAGCGGUUACCACCGGCAUGCGUGGGUGCAUUCUGUAUCCCCAUAUGUCUCUUCUGGUUCGGGUGGACGAGUCGACCCGCGGUCCACUGGAUCUGUCCCAUCAUCGCAUCUAGCUUCUUCACCAUCGGUGCGUUCCUGCUCUUCAACUCGGUCCUGAACUAUCUCGGCGACGCCUAUCCCGACCACGCCGCUACGGUCCUGGCAGGGAACGACUUCAUGCGAAGCAGUUUCGGGGCGGGGUUCCCUUUGUUUGCUGGUGCGAUGUAUAGAAACCUUGGUGUUGGGUGGGCGAGUUCGACCUUGGGCUUCUUGUCUGUCGCGUUCAUUCCUAUCCCCUUUGUCCUCUAUAUAUACGGGGAGCGUAUUCGAUUGGCUAGUAAGAGAGCCAGACAUGACCUAUAAGAUUACCUUUUCUGUCUAGAGAAAGUUUUGGCUUUGGAGAUGAUCUAGGCGUUGUUUUGGAGGUGGUGAAUAGGAGUAUAGAUAGGUAAAUCUAGAGGGUCAGAGCAUGGCGUUCAUGGCUUCAUACCCACGAGUUCACGAUCGUUGUGGUUCAUGCAUAUUAAAUAGAUAUUCUGAUAUGUACCUAGGUGGACAGCGACGCCAAC